GGCGGCGGGCACCGGGAGCGAGCGCUGGAGGCGGCGGGAAGCUGGAGCUCGUUGCCCAUCUUGGUGCUGACCUCCAAGGAGCGGGUGGUGAACCGCAGGGCUGCGGGGCUGAGGAUGGGAGCCGGGGCCAGCGCUGAGGAGAAGCAUUCCCGAGAGCUGGAGAAGAAGCUCAAGGAAGACGCUGAGAAGGAUGCCAGGACCGUCAAGCUGCUGCUGCUGGGGGCAGGGGAGUCGGGGAAGAGCACCAUCGUCAAGCAGAUGAAGAUCAUCCACCAAGACGGUUAUUCGCUGGAGGAAUGCCUGGAGUUCAUUGCCAUCAUUUACAGCAACACUCUCCAGUCCAUGCUGGCCAUUGUGCGGGCCAUGACCACCCUCAACAUCCAGUACGGGGACACGGCUCGACAGGAUGAUGCCCGUAAGCUGCUGCACCUCUCGGACACCAUUGAGGAGGGGACCAUGCCUAAGGAGUUGUCGGAAAUCAUUGGACGGCUCUGGAAGGACUCGGGGAUCCAAGCCUGCUUUGACCGCGCCUCCGAGUACCAGCUCAAUGACUCUGCGGGCUACUACCUGUCAGACCUGGAGCGCCUGGUGACCCCCGGCUACGUCCCCACAGAGCAGGACGUGCUGCGUUCCCGCGUCAAGACAACUGGCAUCAUCGAGACCCAGUUCUCCUUCAAAGAUCUUAACUUCAGGAUGUUUGACGUGGGCGGACAGCGCUCGGAGAGGAAGAAGUGGAUCCACUGCUUUGAGGGUGUGACCUGCAUCAUCUUCAUCGCGGCUCUCAGUGCCUACGACAUGGUCCUGGUGGAGGACGAUGAAGUGAACCGCAUGCAUGAGAGCCUGCACCUCUUCAACAGCAUCUGCAACCACCGCUACUUUGCCACCACCUCCAUCGUCCUCUUCCUCAACAAGAAGGAUGUCUUUCUGGAGAAGAUCAAGAAGGCCCAUCUCAGCAUCUGCUUCCCUGACUAUGAUGGUCCCAACACCUAUGACGAUGCGGGCAACUACAUCAAGCUGCAGUUCCUGGAGCUGAACAUGCGACGGGAUGUGAAGGAGAUCUACUCCCACAUGACCUGCGCCACCGAUACCGAGAAUGUCAAGUUCGUCUUUGACGCCGUGACUGACAUCAUCAUCAAGGAGAACCUCAAGGACUGCGGGCUGUUCUGAGCCCCAGCCGAUCACCCCCUCCCCUGGGGUCCAGCCCCGCUGCUGACCCCAUCCCACCUCCACAACCAUCUCCGCUUGCCCCAAACCCCUGGGAUUUGACCUG